UCUCUUCAAACUUCAAAACAGAAACUUGAGCAAGCUGGCUAACCUUUGGUCAACCAAUGAAUGAAAAAAGACAACUUUCAGCAACUUUCUUUAUUACUUCUUUCUUCUUCAUUGAUAUCCGUGUGAGAGAAGCCAAAGAAAACUACUAACUCAUGUGGAUGUGAACCUUUUCUUCUCUUGUUCCGUGAAAACUUCAAGCUUCUCGAACGUGUACAGGAACCAAGACAUGCCCUUCUGUGUUCUUCCCUAUGCAUCUGGGGUAUCGUUAUUGGCUGCAUAGUUGUGCUUUGCUGCUUUAUAGGGUGUAAUGGUUGAACAAAGAUUGUGCAUGAUAAAUACAUAGCUGAUUGGUAAUGCAAUGAAGUGCUUUUACUAUUUCAAAGACAAAUCUAGAAACGGUAGGCAAAGGUCAGCACCUGAACUGAAGGAGAAGGAGAAACUGGACUUUUCAGGGGCUGAGAGGGUCACCAAGUCUUCAAGCUCAUCUGCUUCACCCCGCGGUAUACCGGAACUGUAUGAGGAGAAGGGUCAGAAUCUGAGGGUCUUCUCCCUCUCAGAGCUCAAGCGUGCAACAAGUGAUUUCAACAGGCUUUUUAAGAUAGGAGAAGGUGGAUUUGGCAGUGUGUUUAAAGGUUCAGUGCAGCCUGCUGAUGGGAAUGGGAAUCCUGUUGUAGUUGCCAUCAAAAGACUUAACAAGGAUGCAUUACAGGGUCAUAAGCAAUGGUUGACUGAAGUUCAAUUUCUUGGUGUUGUGGAACACCCAAAUCUUGUCAAGCUUAUUGGAUACUGUGCUUUGGAUGACGAACGAGGCAUCCAGAGACUACUCGUGUAUGAAUACAUGCCGAACAAAAGUUUAGAGUUUCAUCUUUUCAAUAAAGCUUAUGAUCCUCUUCCUUGGAAAACUAGACUUGAAAUAGCACUUGGAGCAGCUCAAGGGUUAACUUAUCUUCAUGAAGAAUUAGAAAUUCAGGUGAUAUAUCGAGAUUUUAAAUCUUCAAAUAUAUUACUGGAUGAAGAGUAUAAGCCAAAGCUUUCUGAUUUUGGACUUGCUAGGGAGGGACCAGUAGCUGGUGAUACUCAUGUUUCAACAGCUGUGAUGGGGACAUAUGGUUAUGCUGCUCCAGAUUACAUUGAGACAGGUCAUCUCACAGCCAAGAGUGAUGUGUGGAGUUUUGGAGUGGUUUUAUAUGAAAUGCUUACUGGCAGGCGUUCAAUGGAAAGAAACAGGCCAAAAUCAGAGAAGAAACUGCUGGAGUGGGUGAAGCAAUACCCUCCUGACAGCAAGAAGUUUGAGACAAUAAUCGAUCAGCGACUUCAGGGAGAGUAUUCCAAGAACGGAGCAAGAAAACUGGCGAAACUCGCCGAUCAUUGCCUGCGAAAGAGCGCGAAAGAUCGGCCGACGAUGAGUCAGGUGGUGGAGAGACUGAAGCAGAUAAUGGAAGACAGUGAUGAGGCAGAUGACAGAAGUGUAGAGGUAUCAGAAAAUGGUGAAGCUGAAGCUGAAGUGAAGGGAAAUCAAUUAGGCUCUUCAGAGUUGUGGAAAAAGAGGAUGGAACAUCUUGCAAAACUUGGUGAACGUGUGGAGAGUGCUAGCAGAAAAAGAUUUAUGAUCCUUCAGAGAGCCAAUGUGUCCUCAUAGUUUCAUCUCUAGCAAAAAAAAUUAAUUUUGCCUGAGUUUAGGUGAGAACAAGGUUCAUUCUGGGAGAUAUUGUCAUGUAUGUGUUUACAUGCUCUCAAGCCCAUCUUUAUGUGAUAUCUUAUCAACUCUUUUUCUCAAAGUGAAGCAUGUGAUUAUUUAUGUUCAUAUAAAAAUGGCUUAGGAUUUGAGAUUGGAACUUAAAGUUCAAAAAUGAAAUGUGUCAUUGGAAAUCUUCUAUUACAA